AUUUUCAGUUCUAUUUUGACCUUGUCAACCCAACCCAAUCCCCCUCUUCUCUCUCAAUUAGGGUUUCUUCUUUUCUUGUAAUUCCCACUUUCCAUUUCAACUUAACUUAACUUGGCUCUUUUUUUAAACGUAUUAGACUGUGAAGAAGAUCUGUAGGGUCUUUUUUUAUAUUGGCGUUUUCUUUGUGUUUGCUUUCUCUAGUCAGACCCUUCCAUUAUUUUCUCUUUACUUUUCUUGUUUUUUGUGUGUGAAACCGAAGAAUAAAGUUGCUUUACUUACGGGGUUCGUUGAAUUUUCUUCCGGGAAUAAUUUAGGUUCAUAUAUGGCUUUUAAUUUUAAUUUUUUGGUUUUGGGUUUUCUUGGAGAAAUAUUUUGAAUUCCUAGUUUCGUUGCAAGAUUCUGAGCUUGAGAUUUGAGGCUGAUUCAGUUUGGUGUUGUGGAUUCGAUAAAACUUGGAAAAGGGUAUGUUUUUCUGCUGCUUAUAUAUCUUGUCUAGGGUUUGAUUUCUUUUGCUUUUGGUGAAAAUUUUGUGAAUUUCGAUCUGUUUCAAGCUUGUAUUGUUCUGAAAGUAAGGUUUGGGGUUGUUUUGAGCUUGAAUUUGGAGGUUUGGGUACUUUUAUAUUCUAAUUUUGCUGUUGUUUGACUUAUUGGGGUUGAGAGGGAAUUUAAUAUUGGGCAGUCGAAGCAAGUAUUAAGUCCUCUUGAAAGAUUACUGAUGCUGUUUGAGAUUCAAUUGUGAAGUCGUGGGACUUGUUGUGAAGGUUUUGAAUGGUUUAACUUUGUGGGUAUGUGAAGCAAAUCAAUUCUUGGUUUGCUAAAGCUAGUAUUUUGAGUUUUUGUUGUGGAGAGAUCGGUAAUGUUUUAGCUUGAAUCUGGAGUUCUGGUGUUCUAUUUUAAGCUUUCAAUGGUUUGAUUAUGUGAGUAUUUGAUAAAUUUGUUUAGAGUUGUUGGAGUACAGUUUCUCAAAAUGGAUAACUCAAAAAAUAGGCAUAAUAAUGAUCAUUUGGGUGUGAAUAAGAUGGGCAAGAAUAUACGGAAGAGUCCUUUGCACCAACCUAAUUUUGCUGCUAAUAACAAUGCUAAUAGGCAACAACCGCAGCCUCAGGUUUACAACAUAAGCAAGAAUGAUUUUAGGAACAUUGUGCAGCAGCUCACUGGUUCACCUUCGCAAGAUCCUUUGCCUAGGCCUCCCCAAAAUCCACCAAAACCCCAAAGUAUGCGGUUGCAGAAGAUACGACCACCCCCAUUAACACCCAUUAACCGACCUCAUAUACCCCCUAUGGUCCCUGCUCCCGCUCCUGCUCCAAUGCCUGCUCCACUUCCACCCCCUUUUCCUUACAAUAAUAACUUAAUGAGGCCUCAUGCUCCAUAUGGACAAGCAAUGUCACAAUAUGGACAACUACAACCGAUGGCACCUUGGGACAACUCUGCUUGGCCAAAUACAGCUGAGUCUCCAAUUUCAGCUUAUAUGCGUGACCUUCAAAAUGUUCUUGGAGAUCAUGGUCAUAGGGGAAACCAAGCUCCACCUCAUCCACAUGCACAAUUUCAUCCACCACCUCAAGUUCAGGGUCAAGCUCACCCUCAGCCGCCUUCAUCUGGUUUGCUUCCAAACCCACCUAUGCCUGGUCUUCCCUCACCUAGAGUAAAUGGUCCAGGUCCAGUCCCAUUGAUGCCUAAUCUCCCUUCCCCACGAAUGAAUGGACCUCCACUUUUACCAUCGCCAACCUCUCAGUUCCUUUUGUCAUCUCCUACUGGUUACAUGAACUUGUUCUCACCACGUUCACCGUAUCCAUUGCUUUCUCCAGGGGCUCAGUUUCCUCCGCCACUGACACCCAAUUUUGCAUUUUCUCCCAUGGCGCAGUCUGGGAUUUUAGGUCCAGGGCCUCAACCCCCGCUUUCUCCAGGCGCCUUUUUUCCAUUAUCACCUUCAGGUUUUUUCCCUAUCUCAAGUCCAAGAUGGAGGGAUCAAUAACCCAGGCAUAACAUUGUUGUAUUCAUGAGUUCCAACCUGAUGUGGAGCUGGUACCUUCUUUAUGCUGACUUAUCCUGUUAUCAUGAGAAAUUCAUUUGUGAAAAUGUAAUGUAUAAUGGUGUAAGAGUUCCUAUCAAAAGUUUGUAGUCUUCUUUUCUUAUGUCUAUUCUUGUAAGUUUUUUGUCCUUUUUUAUUGAUACCCAUACUGCAGCUUGUUUGAGAUUAGAUUUUGCUUCAGCUGCAAUGCUUUUGUGUUCUUGGGAAGGUUUACAUUAGGUGGAAUAGUGAAGAUCUUACAACUCAACUGGUUACCUUGACAGGAGUUGUAGCAUGAAAGACAGCUUUAGCUUGAAAGGAGUUAGGAAUACAGUCAUCAAAUUUUAUAUGUAGGCAACCUAGUGGAU